CUCAGUUAACACACGCGCGUCGUCGAGUGUGCGUCGUGCGUCGUAUCGCGGUUACGUCUCGCUCUCGCGGCGCGUGCAGGAGCAGUGCGGAUACACGCGGCACUCAUGCGUGACUCGCGGACGUUCCACGUGUAGCAACCGUGUUCGCGGGACGCUACUUGCGAAUCGGACCGCCAACCACGCUGAGGCGAGAGAGACAUGAGAGUGCGGCAGUGAAUCGACCUUUUUCCUUCGGCGGCGCACUCCGUUUACCGCGUCGCGGCUGUGAUGUGCGACGGUGAAGAGAGACUCGCUCUUCACGAGGCGCGGUAGUGAGGUGUGACGCGAAAAGAAGUAUCCCUCGGAUACAGCCAUGUAUCCCGGUGCCAGUAUGAACGCGGCGGCGGCAGCGGCGGCCGUGGCAGCCGCGGCUAGACACCCGGGUCCACCGCAACCUAACCAGCCAGUCAAGUCCACGGUCGCCGAGUUCUGCGACAGGAUCAAGGAUGAGUUCAACUACCUGCAGGCGCAGUACCAUUCGCUGAAGCUAGAGUGCGACAAACUGGCUAACGACAAGAUCGAGAUUCAGCGACACUACGUGAUGUACUAUGAGAUGUCAUACGGCCUAAACGUGGAAAUGCACAAGCAGACGGAGAUAUGUAAGAGAUUAAACAAUAUCAUCACACAAAUCAUGCCGUUUCUUUCUCAAGAGCAUCAACAACAAGUCGCUGGAGCGCUCGAUCGGGCGAAGCAAAUUACGAUGACUGAAUUAAAUACUAUAAUGGGACAGCAGAGGCCAGACAUACCGCGGUUCCUUCAGCAAAUGCACGCUCAGCAAAUACCACCGGGAGCGGCGAUGGCUCAUCCGGGUCUACCUGGACUUCCCGGAUUGGGGCCAGCUGCCGGUCUUCCGGUACCAACUUCCGCGUCCGCGGCUUUACUGACUGGUCUCGGACUGAAUCCUGGGCCACCCGCGGCCCCUGGUACGACCGCCGCCGCGCAUUCUCUGUCGAUGCUCGUCAAGCCUGAGAUCCAUCGUGGUCAACCGGAUGAUCUGAAGAGCAACGGCGGUCUGAGUUCGACGGAGGAUAGACACCGGGGCUCGAUAUCGCCAGCCGACAAGUACAACCGAGCGCGCACGCCGCAAGAGACAACCCACACUCACCAUUCUCAUCACACGCAGAAUCACCACGAUCACUCGAUGAUCCCGAUGAAGAAGAUGAAGAAGGAUCUCGAGGCGUGUAAAGACGCGGGACAUAGCGACGGCGAGAAGAGCGAUCAGGAUCUAGUUGUGGACGACGGUAGCGACGGUCCACCCAGUCCAGUGAUGAAUGGCGUGACGUCGCCUCGCGAGAACGGUCUCGACAAGGUUUCGUCGGUGGUGCCGUCGAUGGGCGCCGCCGGGGUACAAACCGUAGGGAAGAAAGACCUGGCGCCGCAUUCGCCCAGAAGCGGUACGAGCAGCAACGCGAGUACGCCGUCGGCGAAGAAGAUGGAGGAACGCGAGAAACCGACCACGCCGAUCUCGAAGCCGUUCACUCCGACGUCCGGACCCACGGCGGCAGCAGCGGCGGCGGCAGCGGCGGCGGCGGCGGCACUCGGCGGUAGUAUAAAGUCUUCGACCUCGGGUAAGCUCUUGCAAGGGCCGCCGGUGCCACCAGGCUCGGUGCCACCACCCGCGGCAGCUUAUCCGAGUUCAUUGCAUUAUCCAUCGCCCGGUCUGCCACCGCCGCAUAAUCUCGCGCCGGUAACGCACGGCCAACAUCCGCAUGUCGACGUGAUGGCGUAUAACGGUUACGCGACACCCCGACCACCCGCUGCCUUGCAACAACUGUACGAUCCGCACGCGGCUCUGAGGACUUCCUCGGUUGGGACACAGGGAGGGAAACCUGCGUACAGCUACCAUGUGUUGAGCGACGGGCAGAUCCAGCCAGUGCCGUUCCCGCAGGAUGCUCUCAUGGGUCCAGGAAUACCGCGCGUCGCGCGUCAGAUUAGUACUCUCGAUCACGGUGAGGUAGUCUGCGCAGUGACGAUCUCGAGUCCAACCAAAUACGUUUAUACCGGCGGUAAAGGCUGCGUCAAAGUUUGGGAUAUAGGCCAAGCAGGUAUGAACGAGGUGAAGCCUGUUUCGCAACUGGACUGCUUACAACGCGACAAUUACAUCAGAUCGGUCAAGUUACUUCCGGAUGGUAGGACGUUAAUAGUCGGUGGUGAAGCCAGUCAAUUGAGUAUCUGGGAUUUGGCUAGUCCGACACCGAGAAUCAAAGCUGAACUGACCUCUUCGGCACCGGCCUGUUACGCCCUGGCAAUCUCGCCGGAUUCAAAGGUCUGCUUCAGCUGUUGCAGCGAUGGCAACAUUGCUGUUUGGGACUUGCAGAAUCAAGCCUUAGUCAGACAAUUCCAAGGUCACACCGAUGGAGCGUCGUGCAUCGACAUUUCCGCUGACGGUUCGAAGCUUUGGACGGGAGGACUCGAUAAUACUGUCCGUUCCUGGGAUCUACGGGAGGGUAGACAGUUGCAGCAGCACGAUUUCAACUCACAAAUAUUCUCCCUCGGUUUCUGUCCCACUGGCGAAUGGUUAGCGGUCGGAAUGGAGAAUUCGAACGUCGAGGUAUUACACGCCACGAAAUCGGACAAGUACCAGCUACACCUGCACGAGUCUUGCGUACUGUCGCUGAGAUUCGCUUCAUGCGGCAAGUGGUUCGUCUCUACAGGGAAGGAUAAUCUGCUGAAUGCUUGGCGCACGCCGUACGGAGCAUCGAUAUUCCAGGCAAAGGAAUCCUCGUCGGUACUUAGUUGCGAUAUAUCGUCAGAUGACAAGUACAUCGUCACCGGUUCCGGUGACAAAAAGGCUACCGUUUACGAGAUCGUAUACGUAUGAGACGUAUAGCUCCGUGUGACAGGUUAUCAACUGGCCAUUCCAUGGAAACAGAGCGCUCUCGCUGAGAGUUCUUUCGGAACUGUUAUGACGGAUGUGAUACACCGUUGCUGAUUCUCUUUGUUAUCGCUCUUGUUACUCGCUCGUUGACAAAAAGUGGGAUCGUUGACGCAAGGCCGAGCCAAACGGACACGGAAGAUUUGCUGCUAUUUUCCACAUUUUAAACGCUCGUCAAUGUUUCCAUUGAAAUAAAAAAAAAUCUCAAUCUGAAAAUAUACUCGAGACUGCGAUACAACGAUUCGAUGUAAAUCAAUCUUGGACUCCUGUGAGUCUAAAGAAUAACGCGAUAGCGUCAUGUAACAUUAUUUUAAAGAUUUAACAGAGACAAGUAUUUUUCUUCUCGAUAUUUCUAAUCAAAUUUUUAUACGUCACUGGUAGCUGUUUUUCAUCAGAUUGCGAUCGAAUAGAAAAUUUCUGCCUUUCAUGAAAGCGAAUUUGCCUUAUUUCAAACAGUGCUAUGAAAUAAUAUCGGUCGCAAGUUUCGCAAGUUAACGUCCGGGACGCAAAAGUGGCGCUUAUAGUCCCUACUGCCGAUUGUUGAGUAUUUUACAUACUGUUAGAUUGCGAUCCGUUUCGCUUGGCGCGUACGAUCGCUUUUUGAUUGUGAUUACUCAUGUCUCUUAUUUGUACAUUUUGUAAAUAACAGGUUUUAAGUAUACCGUGAUAUUUUUCUACUACUCUGUAAGAGCGAGAUGACAAAUGUGGCAAUUGUAAAUAUCUGAAAAUUAAGAAAUUUAUAAGAGAUCAGACAUGAAGAAUCGAUCAAAUAAAUGGUAUACGAUAA